AUGGGCUUCCGUUCGCUGCUAAAGAGGNNGGCUCUGACCGAGAAUGACAAUGACAAGUUCUACAAAGUCGAGAUCGGCCAGGUCUUCUUGGAUCGGUACAGAAACNNCGGCGAACGCGCCGCUCUCAAGAUCCUCAACAGCGACUUCUAUAACGGCACACACCAGAUAUUCGAGUUGGAGGUGAUGACCAAGGUCACCGCUGUCUCCAAUCAAUCCACGCAUCCUGGCCGAAAUCAUGUUACAUAUCUGAAGAACCACUUUGAAAUCGAGGGACCCACUGGCAAACAUGUCUGCAUGGUGAUGCCUCUCCUGGGCGACAGUAUAGCUGAGAAAGCCACGACCGGACAUAUCAUGCGCAUACCUCCCCCAACAGUCAGAAACAUUGCGAAGCAAAUGCUCGAAGCACUAGACUUUUUGCACAGCGAGUGCGGUGUCAUUCAUACCGACCUUCAACCCUCAAACAUCCUCAAGGACGACCAAGGCCAGUCACCCCAAGAGAUCGACGAUCUCGUGCGCACACAAUCUUCGGGCCCUGAGUUCAACGAUUCGAACAUGCAGUUCCGUCUGAACGACUUAGGAAUCGCCUGCUUCAUAGAACAACACCUUACAGACGAUAUCCAAUCUGAAUAUCUUCGUGCGCCAGAGGUUACGCUUGAAGCACCUUGGGACCCCAGUGUUGAUAUCUUCAGUCUCGGCUGCCUGCUCUACCAAUUCAUAACUGGAGACUUGCCUUUUGUUGGACGACCUGGUCCAGGUGUGACCGCCGAACAAGAUCGCAUAGCCCUUUUGGUCUCUACUUUCGGACCCAUCCCCAACGUUGUCUUGGACAACGCCGCACUAGGGAAAGAGUUUGAGCAGCAGUGCAUCAAUGGGCAUGGAUUUCCCGUUUCUUUGGAGACUUUGGUGGGCCAGAGUUUUGCGGGUGACACGCAGGGCAUGUUGCCGAUUGAUGAAUUGGAACUGUUCUGUGACUUCUUGAGAAAAAUGUUGGCCUCGGAUCCAAGAGAAAGGCAGAGAGCGAGGCUUAUGACAGUCUGGAAAGCCCCCAAAUCUUCACGCCGCCCAAAAACUCUUAACCAUCACUAUUCCUCGAGGCAGGGACUGUUCGCUUUGACCGCUAGAUUCAGCAUGGUGGACCCAGCCACCCGAAUUGCCUCCGCCGCCCCUGUGGCAUCUCAGUAUGUUUCGAUUGUCCAGAAGAUCGGACGCACCAAGUCCAAAUUGGCGGAUCCGAUUUCACUCGUGGCCCUCGCUACCUCUGUGGCAUCUCUAUAUGCCUCUGGGGCACAAACGAUCAGACGCAUCAAUCCCGUCGUCCAUGUCGCAAAGGUGAGCAUGGAGCUAAUGGCCUUGGCCUCCAAGCUUCACAAGGUGAACAAGUCCCUACGCAUCAUAGGUGAACUCAUGGCAGCGACCAGGAAUAUUUCGGAUGUUGAUUUGAUCCUCGCUAUCGAGACCUACCAGUCGGCCACGGUUCAAGUGACACUUCUCAAUCAGAGUCUUGGCCACUUCGCUACAUUGAGAAGUUUCCAACGAGUCUUCUACGAGAAACAGAUUCUCAACGCUUUAGCCGAUAUUGAGUCCACUCGUGUGAACGUUGAGACUUUGCAUCGGAUCUUGGUUGUAGAUCAGGAGUACACGCACCUGUUCUACCUCAUAGACAAACUGCCGACAGAUGUUUUGAUAUCCCGUCAAACCAUCUUCCAGUACGGAUUCCUGGUGCAGAAUCUCGAACUUCUCUCUCUGGGCUUACCCAACGAGAUCAAUACUACAUUAGGGCUGAACGUCCUAGGCUUUGCCAAGACAAGCNNAAAGAGCAGCAAGAAAGGCAAGGCCGAAGUACACUAG